AACCCCGAGCGCCACCCUCCAGAGAGGGCUGCACGGCCGCUGCUGCCCAGGCCCCGCGCGCUCCCGACCCUGCCCAGGGCCCGGCCUGGCCCGGGAGGGGGCGGCCAGGGAGGCAGCGCAAGACCGGCCCAGCAGAGGACGGACUGACAGCUGGAGAGGGAGAAGGAGUUGCGGGAGAGGAGGGAGGGGAUUCACCGGAGUAACUUUCCAGAAAAACAGUCAACGUGUAGCAGGAGUGACUCCAAGAGAAGAAAAAAAGUUCAGUUACCACGUUGAAAGAGAGGACUCGCAAAGUAUUUUUCAAACGGGCUCGGCUUUUCCUACGCCUGGUUAACACAUUAAAACCGUGCAGCAAAAGAGGCUGCGUGCGCUGGUCCCUCCCUCCCCCACCCCGGACCAGAGACGUCAUCGGAGGGAGGUAUAAAAUUUCAGCAGAGAGAAAUAGAGAAAGCAGUGUGUGUGCAUGUGUGUGUGUGAGAGAGAGGGAGAGGGAGAGAGAGAAGCAGGAGGGAGAGAAAGGGAGGGAAGACGAAAGCCAAGUCCGAGGGAAUGAGCAAGGGAGGCGAGAGAUAGGGGAAGAAGCAUGCGAAAGAAGGAAAAACAGCUUUCCGGAGCAGGCGUGCAGUGAGCUGGCUUCUAUUUUAUUUUUCUUCUCCUUUUUUAUUUUUUAAAAGAGAAGCAGGGAACAGAAGCAAUGGCCGAGGGAGAAGACAAGCUGAGGUGCUGGUGACCCCGGGCGUCCAAGUGGAUUAUUGGGGCUGCGCUACAGGGGCCUGUCCUCUCUGCCUUCCAGUCGCACAUAACCCCACAUCCCAGCCAAGGAAGACGAGAGGCAGCGUGAACAAAGUCAUUUAGAAAGGCCCCGAGGAGGUGUAAACCAAAGAGAAAGCAUGAAUGGUGUGCCUGAGAGACAAGUGUGUCCUCCGCUGCCCUCACCUUUAGCUGGGCCGGCAGCGGCCCGGCCCUGCCUCUCCCCACCUACUCACUGGUGAUCUGAAUUUUUUUUUUGAACAUUUUUUUUCCUUUUCUUUUCCAUUCUCUUUUCUUAUUCUCCUUCAGGGCGAGGCAAGGAUUCUGAUUUUGGGACCCAAGCCAUGGUCCUCCCGCUCCUUCUUUAAAAAACCCACUUUCUCCCCAUCGCCGAGAGGCCUUUGGCAAUAUCAGAUAUCUGCUCUAUUUAUUUUUACCUAAGGAAAAACUCCAGCUCCCUUCUUACUCCCAGCUGCCUUGCCACCCCUCCCAGCCCUCUGCCUGCCCUCCACCUGGCCUGCUGGGAGCCAGAGCCCAGCAGAACCUGCUGAGACACAUGGAGAAGAGCCCCAGCGCUGCAAGGCACACAGUCGGCUUCUUCGCGCUCAGGGCUGCCAGCGCUUCCUGGAAGUCCUGAAGCUCUCGCAGUGCAGUGAGUUCAUGCACCUUCUUGCCAAGCCUCAGUCUUCGGGAUCUAGGGAGGCCGCCUGGUUUUCCUCCCUCCUUCUGCACGUCUGCUGGGGUCUCCCCCUCGCCAGGCCUCACAGCCCCCCUGGCCUCUCCCCCGGGCUCGCCCAUGAAGAUGCACUUGCAAAGGGCUCUGGCGGUCCUGGCCCUGCUGAACUUUGCCACGGUCAGCGUCUCUCUGUCCACUUGCACCACCUUGGACUUCAGCCACAUCAAGAAGAAGAGGGUGGAAGCCAUUAGGGGACAGAUCUUGAGCAAACUCAGGCUCACUAGUCCCCCUGAGCCUUCGGUGAUGACCCAUGUCCCCUACCAGAUCCUGGCCCUUUACAACAGCACCCGGGAGCUGCUGGAGGAGAGGGAGGACGGCUGCACUCAGGAGAACACCGAGUGGGAGUACUAUGCCAAAGAAAUCCAUAAAUUCGACAUGAUCCAGGGGCUGGCGGAACACAACGAGCUGGCCGUCUGCCCCAAAGGAAUCACCUCCAAGGUGUUCCGCUUCAACGUGUCCUCCGUGGAGAAGAAUGGCACCAACCUAUUCCGAGCAGAAUUCCGGGUCUUGCGAGUGCCCAACCCCAGCUCCAAGCGCAACGAGCAGAGGAUCGAGCUCUUCCAGAUACUCCGGCCAGAUGAGCACAUUGCCAAGCAACGCUAUAUUGGUGGCAAGAAUCUGCCCACACGGGGCACCGCCGAGUGGCUGUCUUUCGAUGUCACUGAAACCGUACGUGAAUGGCUCUCAAGAAGAGAGUCCAACUUAGGUCUGGAAAUCAGCAUUCAUUGUCCCUGCCACACCUUUCAGCCCAAUGGAGACAUCCUGGAAAACAUUCACGAGGUGAUGGAAAUCAAAUUCAAAGGUGUGGACAGCGAGGAUGAUCAUGGCCGUGGGGAUCUGGGACGCCUCAGGAAGCAGAAGGACCACCACAACCCUCAUCUAAUCCUCAUGAUGAUCCCCCCACACCGGCUCGACAAUGGGGGCCAGGGUGGGCAGAGGAAGAAGCGGGCCCUGGACACCAAUUACUGCUUUAGCAAUGUGGAAGAGAACUGCUGUGUGCGCCCUCUCUACAUCGACUUCCGCCAGGAUCUGGGCUGGAAAUGGGUCCACGAACCUAAGGGCUACUACGCCAACUUCUGCUCAGGCCCCUGCCCAUACCUCCGCAGUGCAGACACGACCCACAGCAAGGUGCUGGGCCUGUACAACACCUUGAACCCCGAAGCGUCUGCCUCCCCGUGCUGCGUGCCCCAGGACUUGGAGCCCUUGACCAUCCUGUACUACGUCGGGAGGACCCCCAAGGUGGAACACCUCUCUAACAUGGUGGUGAAGUCCUGUAAGUGUAGCUGAGACCCCGCCUGCGACAGAGAGAGAAGGAGCGAGAACUGCGGCUGCCUGGCUGCCUGCUCCUCGGGAGAGCACGGAAGCAACGGACCUCACCCAGAGGCCUGGCGCCCGCGACCCGCAGCAGCAGGCAAAAGGCUAGGUCGGAGGUUCCCUCCUGGAACAUUUCUUUCUUGCUGGCUCUGAGAAUCACUGUGGUAAGGAAAGUGUGGAUUUGGUUAGAGGAAGGCCGGACUCUUCAGAACACACGGAUUUUUUCUGUGAGGUGGACAGAGGUGGUGGGGACAGAGGAAGAGGGAUGGCAAGUUGACAAGUCGUGCAGCAAUGGGACUGGGGACACCUGGGGAGGAGGCAGGGCAGAGAAUGGCCGGGAGAGGGCCAGACUGGAAAACACCUCCGACCUGAGGUCGGAUUUGCUCGGCGCUGCCCCACAUCCGCCCUAGGACAUCUGGAUCACACUGCGCACGGCACGCAUUUCUCUUCAGAUAGGUUACCGAGAUGUGGUCCCAGUGUCGUAUCUCAUACCGCCUGGGAGGAAGGACAAAUCUGUUGUUUUUGCAAACUGCCCUCUUGACAUCAGUCAGCAUCAAGGGUCGUUACAGGGAAAAGUGCAGGUAAUGCAGUUCCGGGGCGCUUGGCUAUGCUGGGCCCUACGGAUAUGUUGAACUCAGAAGCAGAAGGUGAGAAUCAACCCGCUCCUGUCCGCCCUCUGGGUGCCUCCUCUCGCCUUCUUCCUCCAUCGUAAAUACUUCCCCUUGGACACUUGGCUAGACACCUUCCAGGUCAGGGUACGCAUAUCUGAAUUUGGGGUCUGUGCAGCCUUCGGGGCAUUGAGAGCUCCCCCCGCCCCCAGGCCCCUGUGCCCACCUGGUGUUCCUGGAAGCAGGCGCGGCGUGCGGGCGCGCGGGGGAGCUGCAUGUGUGCGCUAUGCAAUGCCUUGGCCCCAGACGCGUAGACUGAGGUAUACAGACAAAUACAAAUAUUACUCUCAAAAUCUUUGUAUAAAUAAAUAUUUUUGGGGAA